AUAGGCAUUUAUUUUGUUAAGGCUGAACUAAUGGCAAUCGUGUAAAACGUUUCUCGUUUAGUAUACUUUAUUGUUACACCGGUUUAAGACUUCUGUUCUUUCGCAAAGUGGUUUCUGAGGAAAAUACAAAAUUCUAUAAUCAUGAAAAUGUCGUUUAAGUUUAUUUUUAUAGCAACCGUUAUAGUUAGCUACAGUUUAAAAAUGGCGUCUACCACCAUAAGCAUUGUUGAAAAAUAUAAGGAAGAAGAAGACAAUUUGGAUCCAUUAAUUCGUGUUCAAUGUAGCUACAUGCAUAGUGCUCAAAUUUACAUGGAGGUGAUCGACGAAUUGAUAGAAAAUAAAGAUAAGUUGGAGACAGUUCCUCAAGGUAAAGAUCUAUCGUAUACCAAACAAGCUGCUAAAAUCAAUGCGACCUUCCAUAAUGUCGUUGGGAUGCAGAAUACUGGUUUACAGAACGUAAUGUGGAUAUUUUCAAUGUAUGCCGAGAGAGUAUUGGCGUACAUGGAAUCUGUCAUAAAGAAGGUCCCGGCCGAAGAUCAAGAAAACAUCUUUUCCGUUCACCAAUCCGUAACUAUUUUUCUCGAUAAAUACAUGAACUCUGCCGUCUGCGCCGGUUAUAAGAAGGGCAAAAAGGUAGAUAUGGAUGUCUUGAUAUGUAGUACUGAUGAUUUGCAACAUCUAUUGACCACUCUCGAAGCUAGGACAUCAGUUUUCAUGCAGCGAAUAGACAUAAACGCCAACGAAUACGGUAUCAGCACCGACGGGCACGAACAGUUUAGUUUGAACAAGUUGAGCUUGAACGGACUGCUGGCGGACAUGGAAGCGACUAAACAAAUUUUAGAAAUUUCCGGAGUAGAGCUAAAUUGGGACCAAGUGUUGCUGCAUUUAAAAAAAGAUUACGAUUUGGGAACGCAAGUCAACGGUAAUAAAUUGAGUCAACAGAUAAAGUCAUUGAAACAAUUUCAUGACGGGUUUGCUAUGUUGGUAAAAGUAAUCAUGAUUCGUCUGAUGUUGAAGUUCUUAAUGCAUGACGAAUACGAGUAUAACUGGGGUGAGAAUAAAAUGGCACUUAAUAUAGUCGAGUUAGAGAACUAUUUGAUUCCACAAGAUGAUAUAUAUGAAAUAAAAUCCAUGGUUGAAAAUAACACUAAAGAUUUUCAGGACAAGAUUCAAACUAUUGCCAAUAUAAGCAUAUAUCUUUCCACUUUAGAUACGCCAUAUAACGAUCCUAAAUUGCGCAAAUAUUCUGAUAACAAACAACAAAAGUUUACAGAUUUUCAACAAGACGUAAUACGUUUCGUCAAAACUUUCAAAGGAGCUUUAUCUAACAUAAACUACAGUAUAAUUAAACAAUUUAGACGUCUUGCAGAUUCAAAAGAAUACUUAGCACUAGUAUGGCGUGAAAAAAAAGUUGAAAUAACUAAUUUUAUAGAACAAAAUAUGGCAUGAAAUAGUGAUGGUGAAUGAUAUAGAAGGCAGUGAUUAAAAUAUAAUAACUUAAGCUAAUUAGGGCGCAUAGGUUGGGUGUAAA